AUGGCAGGUGUGCAGAAUGGAGCAGUGGCUGAGGGCAGACAGACGCCGGUGGCGGCCGCCGCUGUGGUUCGAUGUCCCGGCACAGAGGAGCAGACAGAGCCGUGCCCGCGCAACGCCCUGCUCGACCACAGCCGGCGGCACCGGACAGCGUUCACGCGCGAGCAGCUGUCCCGGCUGGAGCAGGAGUAUGGCAAGGAGAGCUACGUCUCGAGACCCCGGCGCUGCGAACUGGCCACAGCUCUCAAUUUACCGGAGACAACGAUAAAGGUGUGGUUCCAGAACAGAAGGAUGAAGGACAAAAGGCAGAGACACUCCUUGCCGUGGCCUCACCCUCUCGUCGACCCCCUUGGGGCGCUCUUGAUCGGCCAAGGUACCACCUUGCCAUACCCCUUCAUCCCGCCCCACCUCCCACACCUCCCCCUCCACCACCACUACCCCCUGGCUCUCUCCUCAACAGCAUCCUCAGCUCACAGUCGCUACAGCGCACCCAUGAGGACCCUGGAUGCACUCCGCAUCUCCCAGUACCACAACAGAGCAGGGGGGCUGCCUCCUACCACAGCAGCCCUCUACCCCUCCACCAGCAUUGUGCACCAUCCCGCCUCAUGUCCCUGCCCCCUCUGCCUGCACUGGGGACCAGAACAACUACUGAAAGCCAGAGGGGAGGCACUGGGACUGAGCCAUCCCCGGAGUCCCAAGGCCAACAUCCAGCCUGCAGGUCUGGAGCGUAGAGAAGAGAUGGUGUAA